AUGACCACUGGUGGUGUACCACAUUGCGCAGGCUACGUCCAGACUGUUUCGCGUCAGAUUCUGCUCCGCCUUGACUUUCUCCAUCAGUCAGGCAUUGUUCAUUGUGACCUGCAACCCGCAAAUAUCAUGGUUUCGAUGGCUGGGCAUGCAUGCAAGGACUUUCUAGAACCUCCUGAGUUUAGCCCCGUGAAGUGGCUGGAAGGCGUGACACAAGAUGACAGUGCACCCCGGUAUCUGUUGCCCUCACAGAGACGCCGAGGUCAACUGGAUCAUGCAGAUUUUACUAAACUUGUGGUCAAGAUUGGGGACCUGGGAGGAGCCCAAUGGGCGCAAAAAUGCGACCAGCCGCCCGUAACACCAAUCUCCCUGCGCGCACCUGAGUUGAUUCACAGAGAACACUGGGAUGUUGGUAUCGACAUCUGGAGUUUAGGUUGUCUGAUAUUCGAACUCACGACAAACCAGCCACUAUUCCCUCUGGAUGUGUUCGGCCUUGCACGCGAGGAGAUUGAUGAACAGCAUGAUUCCAUCAUCACGCAGCGACUUUGUAUUGAUGGGCAGAGAGGUCAGGAGUUUGCUGCGUAUGUGAAGGAGAGGCUUCCGGGUGACUUUGGUUCUGAAAAUGCACACAGUCUUGCAUCUUUCUUGUUGGAUAUGCUGCAGAUCAGCCCGGAAAGACGACUGCCAGCGAAGGAUCUACUCAGCGCCCCCUUUUUACUGGGGAGAUCUGAAGGGUAG